AUGCAUUGUCCAGGGCUGGGGCCCGCACUGUGCUUUCCGGCAUCCGCCGCUGGGACUUUACAGGCGACGGUGCAAGGGCACUUCGGCGAGGUGCCCGGCAGCCUGGACGAAGCCGUCAAUCAUUUUCGAGCUCGACGAGUGCGAGUGGGAGGUUCCGGAUCCAGGCUUUGCACCGCAAGUAGCAAAAAGAACAACAAAGCCUAA